AUGAACCUAGCCCCGGCGGACCAAUCUCCUAUACGAUACCAUCACAACCACUCACUCCCGCCUUUACCGCUACCAGACGACAACAGCGGUCUACAGGCCUACAUUGAACAGUCGCGAGCGGCCCUACAGAGCCAGCGUGCCAGUUUCGAAUGUGAGCGCUUUGCAUUUGGCGAGGAACGUAAAUUGUGGAGUCAGGAGCGGGAACUACUCAAGUCGAGGAUAGCGAGUCUCGAGAAACAUAUCAACUGCACCCAUGUGGACAUGUCUACCGUCGAGCCUGUAAGCCAGGCCGGCAACUCUUCUUCUGCCAGCUUACGAGUCUGGGAGGGCUCAAGGCCGACAGGAAAACCGACAAGGAGGUUUCUGGACGGGACAGCAACAGCAGGACCCCUUGCACCAGCAGCGCAUGAUCCCCCUUUUCUCCAGGUCGAUGAUCACCUCGCUUCUGGUAGAUCGCCGUCUCUAGAUGAGGCGCUCUCCCCCAGAACCCAGCCGGUUGACCGAGCACACCAUGUCGCCAUUCCUGUGGAGUUGGUAGACAGCAGCCUGGACGGCAUCACACUCAAAUCAACUGGCCUGCCUCCCAAUGUUGCCGCCAAGCUAACCUCCCCUCCUCUCUCAACCCCAAACGUUUCCUCUCCACGACAGCCAGGCACCGCCUUCACCGCCGCUGUGGAAAGUGAAUCGCGGGCCCAUUACCGGACCCAUGAUGGCUGUGAUGCUGCGACCCUUCAGACCGCUCUUCCGGACGCCGGCCCUGCUGCUACUUCUUCCGAGCCCACUGUCCAAGCGCCCGUGCAGCGCCCCCGACUAACGACACAUACGACAGACGAGCAACCUAAAUUCACACCAGAUGCGGACUCACCUGAGCACACUUAUGCAGAGGACGAAGCCGACGAGGACCCGGAACUUACCGGCCCGCUUAUGCUCCGGAAUGAUGAGGAGCACGAUUUAGACUUCCUCGAAGCGCUUGACAAGAAGUUGCUGAUGGAGGCCAAGAAGGCUGUUUCAACCAAUCCUGCAUUAUCUGACUCCGAUGCUCUGUCUGAUGCGGCGAAUCCCCAGUCGGAACCUGAGCCGGAGAUUCGGUUCAAGAAGAGUACCAACUUCGGCACAGCCUUUGGCUCGACGCAGCAACAUAUAGCAUGA